GAUCUUCCUAAGACUCUUUACACAGACCACGUUCAUAAUGAGAUCGCUGGUGGUGUUAAGUGCGGUAUUUGCCGUGGCUAUUGCUGCUCCAUCGUAUACAUCUGAGGUUUUGCAUUAUCAAGCAAAGGCUUUAGGAGACCACGAUGCUAUCACUGCUACUGUUUUUGAGCCUGUAGUUGAAACUCACGCCGUAUAUGCUGCACCUUCCACUGUAUACGCAGCUCCGGCAGCUGUUUCUCAUCAGUCUCGAGUUGAUGUACGUACUUCUUCACCAACGGUGGUUGCUGCACCUGCUGUUAUUGCUGCCCGGACUGUUGUUGAACCCGCUGUUGUUGCACCUGUACAGACUGUAGUAUCAGCUCCCGCAGCUGUAUCUCACCAAUCUCGUGUAGAUGUACGAUCUUCUGCACCAAUAGUUGUAGCAGCUGGACCAGCCGUUAUUGCUGCAAAGACUUAUGGGCCUGCACAAGCUGUUAUUGCAACUCCAACUUUGGUUAAUGUGGCUCCAUCUGCUACCGUCUAUGCAGGAGGUUCUGCUGUGUCACAUCAAUCUCGAGUAGAUGUUAAGACUUCACCUGCAGUGAUUACAGAACAAGUUGUCGAACCUACCUAUGUUGCUUCACCUGUUGUCGAAGUUGCUCCAGCUGUUGUUGAUGCCCGAUCUGUAUACGUGUCUCCUGUUAACACACUUUAUUCUGCCGGUUCAGCUGUUUCCCAUCAAUCCCGAGUAGAUGUCAAAUCAUCACCAGCGGUGGUUUCAGAGAAAAUAGUUUAUGGUCCGUCGGUAUACGGUACGACUUGGUAAUGAACGAAAUAAAUAAUUACAAUGCUUUAGGAAU